UGUUGGAGGAAUCGGUCGAAGAAAGAUCGGGAAGAUCGCGCAGCGUGACAAGUGAAUGUGGAGGAUUUAUUCAACAAAAACAAUAUGUGUGAAAAAUGUUAGGAAUUUCCCGCAUUCUUUUCACUUCCUCGAUCACUCGCGAUCGCUAGACUUUGCGAAUAUUUGUCGUUAAACGAUCUAGAGAGUGUCGCGAAGAGUGUGAAAAAAAAGUGACAAGAGUGGCGCUAGUGUAGACGUCAAAAGAAUCCCUACGCGAAGGAUAUCAAGCGGGGAUCGUAUUUUCUCUGAGUGUAAAAAAUUCAAAAAAAUAUCUCAUGAAAAACCGUUAAAGGUCAAAAAAUAGAUUUCGCGUGCAAAGGACCACAAACAGUGCGUGUCCCCGAAUCCGAUGGGUUUGCAAUGAAAGUGAAGAAAUAAUGAAAGUGAGGAAAUUCCAGUGAGAAAUCGAAGAUGCUGCAGCAUCCAGCGACGGAUUUCUAUGAUCUCUCCGCGACCACGAUCGUGAUCUCCGGCCGGCAGACGCCGCCCUAUCACAGUCCCACAGCGGCACCGCCGUCCGUGGGCAACUCCACGCCCGGCCAGAAGAACGGCAAUGCCGCCGGCCUGGACAGGAUGGGCGGCCAGAACGGAUCGCCCACUGGACGAGAGUCUCUGCCCAGCUUCGGCUUCACGCAAGAGCAAGUCGCCUGCGUGUGCGAGGUCCUACAGCAAUCUGGCCAAAUAGAGCGACUGGGACGAUUCCUCUGGUCGCUGCCUCAAUGUGAUAAACUGCAAUUGAACGAGUCCGUGCUGAAGGCGAAGGCAGUGGUGGCGUUCCACCGCGGACUCUUCAAGGAGCUCUACCGAUUGCUGGAGCACCACCAGUUCUCGCCGCACAACCACACCAAAUUGCAGGCUCUCUGGCUCAAAGCUCACUACGUGGAAGCCGAAAAACUGCGCGGAAGACCUCUAGGUGCUGUCGGCAAGUACCGCGUCCGGAGGAAAUUUCCGCUCCCGCGCACAAUUUGGGACGGCGAGGAGACUAGUUACUGUUUUAAGGAAAAAUCGCGGUCCGUUUUGAGGGAUUGGUACGCACAAAAUGCUUAUCCUUCGCCACGUGAUAAGAGGAGUUUGAGUGAGAUAACAGGACUCACAACGACGCAGGUGUCGAAUUGGUUCAAGAAUCGUCGACAGCGCGAUCGAGCAGCGGAACACAAAGACAAUGGCGGAUCAGACAAACAGCACGCGGACUCGUCCAGUGAGUCCGAAAUGGAGACUCAGAGUGUCAUGCACACGCCAACGGGCUCCUCAAUGGCAGGGGCCAGCGCGGUGUCCGUCGCUCCGCAGCCCCCAGCCCUGCAGACGCACAUGACGAUGCCCCAGGCGACGGUCACGCAGAGCAGCACUGCUCUAGGCGGCGCCCACAUGGGCGACAAGCUCUCCAACCAGAUGCCACCCCUGUCCAGCCUGGCCUACUCACCCCUGCACAGCAUGAUGCCAGUCUACGACGUCGCCGACUACCAGCAGCACUUGCGAUGAUGCCUCUCUGCGUGCUGCGCGCGUUGAAGCUAACCAAAAAUGAGGGUGGGCGGAGUUUAUGGCCUUGCGGAAGAGUCCAGCGGCUGACCUAGGCUCUUCCAGAGGGCACUUCCGGAAACUCCCCAUAUUUGAGAGCAAUACCAGAGUGUGAAAAUCAAUGGAACAUUUCCCCACCUCAUGAUGAAAAUACUCUUUCUCUCUCUCUCUCUCUCUUCAUAAUCUAGAACAAAUUCAAGCUAGGAAUUUCCUUUGCCGAAAAUUGCCACAAAAUCCAUUAUUUAUUGUAGUUAAGUUUUUCUUUUUUCUAAUUCAUAAUUAUUUAUAGUGAAAAUUACACGCUAAGCUAUGCAGUAAUUCUGCAGAGUGGGCAAAAAAAUAUCCUCUCCUCCCGCACGAUUAAUUGCUUAUCCGGAACAUUUGAGCUGACUUUGACCUCAAUUUAUCGUGGCUUGUUUUCAUGUGGCGAAAUACAGAUCACUUUUCAUGGUGUGGGAAUAGAAGAAGAAGAAAAAAAACAGGCAUGGGAGGAGAAAAAUCAUGUAAAUAGUUGGAGAAUAGGAAACAUUUGCAGUUUGAUCGAGAAAUAGAACGAUUCUAUUAGCACAAUUGCAAUUAAUUAGAAGCAUCAAAUGUUUGAUAUUUCUCUCUCACCAAAACUAUGAUGCCCCUUCCGGAAGCACUCCGGAGGGUCAGAGGAGAGAUUUAGCAAUUUCUAAGAGGCACAGUAAUCACACAUUCUUACAUUAUUUAAAAAUAGUUGCAGGACUUAAAGGAGAAAAGAUGCAGAAAUAUAGGUAAAAAGUCUCAAAUUACUGACAAUUAAAUAAAUUAGAUGAGAAUCA